AUUUCGUUUUUAAAGGAAAAUGCUCGUCAUAUGGGUGUAAUUGCUAGUGAUUUUAGUGUACAGAGCCAAGAACCGUUAAAUCAAAAAGUUCAAACGCUCGUUUCUGGUCUUCAAGUUUUGGAUCAAUUAAAAAACCAAUUUGUUGAUGUUCGCGUGCCUAUUCGUUUGUUGGAUAUUUUGGAUGAAGGGAACAAUCCACAAUUGUUUACUAAAGAAGCUUUAGAAGAUACAAGGAAGAGGAAUAAAGAGAGCCGGGGAAAAUUCUUUUUUCCACGUCGUUUUUGCUAUAACUUUUCGAUUUGGGGUGAGGGCCAAAAAUUGACAAUAGGUUUUUUUCAAAAUUGACAAUACGUACAGUUUGGAAUGUUCCCAUUGUCAGCAUGUUUGUGUUGACUUUAAGUUUAUUAAUCAAAAUUUUUUGGGGUAUAUUUAA